AACAGUGGCCGAGGCACCAUCUUGUUUAUACCCAUCCACCUCGUCGUGUCUUAGGCCAGGGCGGGGAGGGGGCGGGGGGCGAGCUCAGGGCUCAGUGUGUGUGUGUGUGAAGGGUUUCGGAUUGGAGCCGCAGAAAGAAAGGGCAGUUUCGAGGAAGUGACGGACGAAGCUCCGGGGACUGGUCAGAGGAAGUUUGCUCGGUGCUGCUGAGCGAAACUUUUCUCGGGUAAAGCAGCACCAACCAGCGGCGCCGCGGGUCGGGACGGACGGAUCCAGCGGCGGAGGGAGCUUCUAGUACCGCCACCACAGCACCGCACAGCACCGGGACCGCGACAAGAGAAGGAACCGCUUUGGAAUUUCACUCCCACCUCCAAACCCCCUUUUGCUUUCCCUCUCUCUUCCCCGCGCCUCCUCCGAUUUGUCUGGGAUCCGCGAUGGGGAAGGAGCAGGAGCUACUCGAAGCGGCGCGCACGGGGAACCUAGCCGCCGUGGAGAAGCUUUUAUCCGGGAAGCGACAGUCUACCGGCACCGGCGGCGGAUCUUCUGGGACCGGGGGAAGCGGCAACAGCGGCGGCCACGGAGCCUCCUCUCAUCCGCUCUCCAGUCUGCUCAGUAUCUGGAGAGGCCCCAAUGUGAAUUGUGUGGACAGCACCGGAUACACACCUCUCCAUCACGCCGCACUGAACGGACACAGUGAGGUGGUGGAGCUGCUGCUACGAAACGAGGCCUUGACCAACAUUGCUGACAACAAGGGCUGCUACCCGCUCCAUCUGGCUGCGUGGAAGGGGGAUGAACAUAUCGUCAAACUACUCAUUCACCAAGGACCUUCGCACCCCAAACUCAACGAGCAGACCUCUGUAGACCAUAAAGAGUUCAAACGCUGUGGGCCCUUUGACCCCUAUAUUAAUGCCAAGAACAACGACAAUGAGACACCGUUGCACUGCGCCGCACAGUACGGUCACUCCCAGGUGGUGCGGCUGCUUCUGGAGGAGCUGACAGACCCCACUAUGAGGAACAAUAAGUUCGAAACCCCACUGGACCUGGCUGCUCUGUACGGCCGACUAGAGGUAGUGAAGCUGCUGCUCACUGCCCACCCUAAUCUGCUAAGCUGCAACACCAAGAAACACACACCGCUGCAUCUCGCCUCUCGAAAUGGACAUCUGUCUGUAGUGGAGGUGCUGCUGGACUCUGGCAUGGACAUCAACUAUGAGACGGAGAAAGGCAGUGCCCUUCACGAAGCAGCCUUGUUUGGGAAAACUGAUGUCGUACAGAAACUCCUCAGUGCAGGUAUUGAUGUGAAUAUUGUCGACCAAAAGGGCCUGACAGCGCUGGACACUGUCAAAGACAUGCCCUCUCAGAAAAGCAGACAAAUAGCCGCUCUUAUUCAAGGUCACAUGGCUGGAAAACCCCCUGACAUUGACCUCCCCCCUCCACCUAUCCCUCCGCCUCAAGAGAGUCCCAGCCCAAGGAAAAAGGGUGAUCUGGAGAAGGUGAGUGAACUGAUCUCAGGACUGGCCCCAGGACCUGAGGAGGAGAGCCCAUACGAGGCUCUGUUCGAAGCCACCUCCUGCCACUCUCUGGACAGCCUGACCAGUGGGAAGUCCUCAGACAGGGACUCUGGACGUCCAGAUAGUGAAGCUGGAAAGAAGGAUCGUCUGGUCCACUCAUCACAUCCCGGUCCUGGUCAUGAGGAGGAGAUGAGCUCAGAGGCCCUAUACACUAACAGCAGUAUUGAUGAGAGAGGAGAGCCGGUGGAGGAAGAGGAGGAUCACACAUAUGAGUUGUUGCUGACUGCGCAGACCAAAGUCCCUCCCCCCAGCCACGAAUCACAAUCCCAUAAAGAUGAGAAUACCACUCUUCAGUCUUCCAAUAGUGUCCUACCUCAGCGCCAAAAACCUACUGCCCCGAACAACCUCAGAGCCCCAAAUAAGAAGAAAGACAGCCUGCACCCUCCUGGACGGACGGGCCAGCGGGUACCAGGAGAUAACUCCCAGUUCAGCCAGGAUCAAGGAGCAGGUGUUCCGGAGCAGUUCACUGGCCUCCUACACGGAUCCUCCCCUGUUUUCGAUUGCCGUGAGGAGCCCUUCAGGCUUCCAGGUGUACUGCCUUCAAGCCAGAGCCAUCCCGAGUCAAGAGGAUCUGCCAAAGUAAAAGAGGAAGGAGCAGCAGCUACAUCAUCACCUAACCGUCCCAGUAUGGCUGCCAUCCUGACAGACUGUGAUCCUAAAGCAAUUUAUGCAACUGUGAACAAGGAGCCAAGGGACUCAGGGUCUGGGGCAGCAUCUGCUGGUAGGAUGCGCCCUCCUGGGGACCUGAAGCUGGCACGGAGCCUUUCCAAGUCAGACUCAGAUUUGCUCGUGUCGCCUCCUAGUGAGGAGGAAGGAGGAUUGGGCAACCGUAGCGAGUCUGUUUCUAACUGUAGCACUGGCAAGAAGAGGCUUGAAAAAUCUCCCUCUUUCACAUCAGAAUGGGACGAGCAGACACCAACGGCUUCACCCACCGAUAAACCACGGAGAAGUAAUUCCUUUGACAGUAUCGAGAAGAUCAUGACCUUGAUUGGUGCAGGCAUUGAUUUUUCCAGAGAUCAGCAAUAUGCUACACCAGCAGGUGCUGCAGGCCGGCUGCUGGACCAGCCUGUUGGAGACUGGCUGGAGCAUGUGGGGCUGCCGCAGUACGAGAGCAAAUUACUACUCAACGGCUUCGAUGACCUCCACUAUAUGGGGAGCAAUGUCAUGGAGGACCAGGACCUGAGAGAGAUUGGAAUCACUGAUCCAAGUCACAGAAAGAAAAUCUUGCAUGCAGCACGCUCAUUACCCAAGGUGAAGGCUCUUGGUUGUGACGGCAGCAGCUCCCUCUCCUCCUGGUUGGAGAACCUAGGCCUGCAUGAGUACUUGCCUAACUUCCUGACCAGCGGCUACCGCACUCUGGACUGCGUCAAAAACCUUUGGGAGCUGGAGAUCGUCAAUGUGUUAAAGAUUACGCUGCUCGGUCACAGGAAACGAAUCAUUGCCUCCUUAGCCGAGAGGCCAUAUGAGGAGCCACCAGUCAAGCCUCCACGUUUGUCUCAGAUCAGGUGCCAAGACCUGCCUGGAUCCCAGUCCUCAUCUCCACUAAGUCAGAUGGAAUCGUACACAGGACGCUCCAUGGACCCUCUGCUGCCAACAGGAGAGCCAGGAAGGAAAAAAGUGCCAGAAACAGACUAUGACAUCACUCAGAGAUAUCGCAGUGAACGACACAGAUCGCAAGAACGGCAUGAAGAACGGUAUCGCGAGCCCCGUCUGACCCUGCGACCACCGAGUCUGGCAGCGCCGUACGCUCCGGUCCAGAACUGGCAUCACCAGCCUGAGAAACUUAUCUUUGAAUCCUGCGCCUACGAAGCCAGUUACCUUGGCUCGAUGCUUAUUAAGGAUCUACGAGGUACCGAGUCUACCCAGGAUGCCUGUGCCAAAAUGCGGAGGUCAACAGAACAAAUGAGGAAAGUCCCAACCAUCGUCCUCUCAAUCACAUACAAGGGCGUGAAAUUCAUUGAUGCAGCCAAUAAGAACAUCAUUGCAGAGCAUGAGAUCCGUAAUAUUUCAUGUGCAGCCCAGGACCCAGAGGACUUGUGCACGUUUGCCUACAUCACUAAGGACCUGCAGACCAGCCACCACUACUGCCAUGUGUUCAGCACAGUAGAUGUGAACCUGACAUAUGAGAUUAUACUGACGCUGGGCCAGGCGUUUGAGGUGGCCUAUCAGCUGGCUCUGCAGGCCCAGAGGACCAAACAGCACCAGAACUUUCCCCUGGGAUCCAGUUCAGAGGUCAUUGAGACCAAGUCCAGCCGGCCUGUACCCAAACCACGAGGCAGUGUACGGAAGUCAGCGGGUGAGAUUGUGGACCAGGAAGGGGACUCUCAGUCCCAGAACAGCGCUACAUGGCUCGUGGACCCCAAGGAAUCCAAACGCACUAUCAGCACUAAGCGUUGGCCGCUCUGAGGCUUUUCAUUCUGAUCUUUCAACCGCUGAGACCGAACGCUGAGAAAAUCAGAUUUAUCACAGCCAAGAGAGUGACCAACCGCACAUCCUGUACCUGGAUGGACAUGUUUCCUGAGGAAACUGUGAAACUGGUCCAGUAAUUCUAUGCAUCAGAUGGACGAGCAGAGUGUUCCUAUUCAGUGGGAUGCAGGUUGUGGUGUUACAGAAGAUACAGAGCAUUUAAUAAGGGGAGGUUUUUCAAAGCCAAAGGGGGCUGAGAUCCUAGCACUGUGAUAAAGUCUGUUUGUAGCUAAAUAAGUUAGCAUCUGGAGGAGGUUUAUGUGGAACAGCCAUGCCCAAAUGUGAAACUGCAUGUACGCAGUCGUUGCUGUUCCAGAAAACUGUCCACGAUUGGCAUGUCCUCCUUUUCCGUCGAUCAAAGCAGCAGGAUCAAAGCAGGAUGCUGCAGAAGUAAUUUAAUUAUAACUAAGCACUUUUAUCAAAUCCACCAGUUUGUACGAAUAAGUGCAUCUUCUUCCGUCUUGUCUCUUUUUCUUCUUUUUAUAAUGACUGCCUUCUACAUUCAUCUUCUCAGCAUUGCCUUUUGUUUUGCUAAUCACGCCAAGUUAAUACUUUACGGCUGCCAGUGAAAGGAGUUAAUGUUUGUGUGGGUAAUCCGUCAUGUUGUUUGUGUUCAUUAGUCCGUUGUUAUUUUUACUUUAUUUUAACCUCACUACUUUGUGUGCAUGUGUCUGUGUCCCUUCCCUGUAGCUGAACACUGUGGCCACUCCCAGCCAGUAUCAAAGAAAGCAAAGGAAUGAGCCCUGUUGCAAAGGUGGAUAAGAUGUUUUGUUGGAAAAGUGACCCACUUCUCAUGCAGCAGAUCACAUCACCAGUGGAAUCAUGCUUGUGCACACCACAGUAACACAUCAGGAGGCGCAUGGCAACAUAAAGCUUUCAACACUGCACGGUUCAUCUCUUCUUCAGACUUCAUAAAUCCACAAUCAGACAAGUCUUCAUUUUGAAACCAGUACAACAGAAAGUGAUGGUUGUGCCACGCAGAUAUCAGACUCAAAUAUAUUUAUUAUGCUCAUUGCAUUCCCUGAAAAAUAAAAUGCCUGGCAAGCCUCGCGCACGGAGGUUUACCAUUUAGUUUUUCAGGAAAUGUAGCAGCAGGUUCCAAUGCAGAACUUGUGGUUUAAAGAGGAAGUGGCUGAAAUGAGGAACUUUUUCAGUUUUCUAUUGUGAUAUAAAAGGUACAAACUGAUGCGUCAGACAGACCGAACACUGUAGGGAAACUCCAUUCUGAAUUUCAUGUUCUAUGUAAACAUUGACACAUCCUUUUAUGAUCAGCUCCUCUUCAUCCAUAACAUAUAACUGUGAUGAACAAUGUAAUCUUGCACGGGAGAAACUCUCUAACCAAACUUAAAGGACAAAGGGCAGAGGAACUGACACUACACAGACUGGUUUUUUUAAUGUAACGGGGUGGCUUUUAUUUGAUUUAAAAGUUGUUUGUAUGUUUUAAUUGUUUUAUAGGACAGUGACAUGUCCUAAUGCUGAAACUGGAUCAGGUGUGGUUCACUGCAGUUCUCUCCUUCCCUGCUCCUUUAUUCAGUUAAUCUAGACAAGAUUAUUUACCAAAUCUGCCAUGCAGGCUGGUAUGUAUUCAGCUGCAGAACACAAUAAAUAAUAGGGCACAGCAUUUUUCUCUUAGCUAACUCCCAGUUUGUUGAUUGUUAAUGGUACUUUCUUUUGGUCAGCUGAUGUGUAUAUGGGUACAUAUAGUCAGGUCCUUUUGAUUUAACUGUUGUAUACUGUAUGUGGUACAUUGUCAGGCCAGUACAAUAACUCCAUGUUACACUGUCUUCAGCUCACUGGUGUCAGCACCUUUAGCCAUCAGCCUGGUCCCAUCCAGCUUUUGCACAUUGCUAAGGAUCAGGAGAGAUAUUUUGGGACUAAACUGAUGACAACAAUGAUGAGAAUGAUAUUGUACAUGAAUCUAGCGGUCUGUAUUUUGAUACUUGAAUGAUUUUUGAUUUUAUAGUAUCUAUAUAUAUGUAUAUGUAUGUAUGUACGUAUGUAAUUUUUGGCAUUUGUCAAAAGAGAGAAAAGGACUAUGUCAUUAUAGAGUUAAACAUAUCGUGAAUAAAUACCCUGUGAUUUAAAAAAAAAAAAAAAAAAAAGACUGAGAAACAAUGACUCAGAAGAGGGACCUCACUUCAGAAAAAAAAAAAGAUUGUAAAUAAUCUUGGGCUUCCAGUCUUUUUUAUGAUUAUUUUUCAUAAUUGUACAACUAAUAAAUGGCUCAAUUAGAAAUGA